AAUAAGAAUGCAGUGACGGCGGACGCAGCGGCGCGUAGUAGUCGUGCUUCGCUCGGCUCUGGUCGUGGACGAAGGCGAAAGAGGACAUAAUUAAGUGCUUAGCUGUCCAACACAAGAAGAAACACGGCAAAUUUUGGUCACCCGAUGGUGCGGGCGGCGUGGGUGGUGCUGCGGACGGUGGCCUGCCAGGGAGCAACUGCGUUAAAAUCGAACGUACCUGGUCGUACACGCACGUCUUGGAACAGCGCUUUUCGUCCACCAGUGACUGCGUCUUUCCGGGCUUUAUCCAGGAUGCCUGAGAUCACGGUGGACCACCUGGACCAGAAGCAGGUGCAGCUGCUGUCCGAGAUGUGCAUCCUCAUCGAUGACAACGACCAGCGGGUGGGCGCCGACACAAAGAAAAACUGCCACCUCAACUCCAACAUUGACAAAGGUUUGUUGCACAGAGCCUUCAGCGUCUUCAUUUUUAACAGCGAAGACAAGCUGCUCUUACAACAGCGCUCUGAUGCCAAAAUCACAUUUCCAGGCUGUUUUACCAACACGUGCUGCAGUCACCCCCUGCACACAGACAGUGAGCUGGAGGAGAGGGAUGCUAUGGGAGUCAGGAGAGCUGCUCAGAGGAGACUCCAAGCCGAGCUGGGUAUCCCCAUGGAAGAGGUAACCCCUGAUGAAAUGACCUAUCUAACAAGAAUCCAUUAUAAAGCCCAAUCAGAUGGCGUUUGGGGAGAACACGAGAUCGACUACAUCCUCUUCAUGCAGAAGGAUGUGGAGUUGAAUCCGGAUCCUAAUGAGAUUAAAAGCCAUCGUUACGUGAGCAAAGAGGAGCUGAGGGAGAUGCUGGACGAGGCCGAGCGUGAAGAGCUGCAGAUCACUCCCUGGUUUAAACUCAUCGCAGAGACCUUCCUCUUCCAGUGGUGGGACAACCUACAGAACCUCAAAGGCUUUAUGGAUCACUCCAACAUCCACCGCAUGUAAGCGCAGCUAGCACCAGGCGAUGCUAGCCUAACCUUUCACAGCUGAUGUGCUUCACAAAGACGCAGAGGAGCUGAUCCCACAGCCAGACAACCGCUGGCCUGAAUGCGUUUUACUACAAUCUACUACAACCACUAAUGUCCUCCUAGUCGUAGUCAUGGAGGAAAUGGUAGCCUUAUUCAUAGCAUCGUGACGAGGGAAGUAUUUCUAGAGUAAAUGAACUCUUCACACAUCAUUACAAUGAUAUUAUUAUUACAGUUGCCUCCAUACUGGAUGUAUGGAAGUUUAUCUUUGUACUUUCACAUUAAAGUGGUGUGGCUCCAUGCAGUAUGCUGUACUC